AUGCUGGCCCUGGUUUGGGCGCGCUGGGGGCUGGAGGGCGGGGGCCAGCACGAGGACACCCUGCGGCACAACGAGGUCCUGCUUCUGAUGAGCAGCCUCAUCUACAACACGGUCAGCGCCCUGGAGAAGGUGAGGAGGGCUCCCUCCCACCGCGAGCUCCCAGCCGAGGGGGUGUCACUCGACGUCUUCCAGGGUCCGUUCGAGUACUUCCUGUUGCUGCUUUCGGGCGUGGAGUGGCCGAAGCACUACAAGGAUGACCUUUGCGGUCGCAUCCAGAGCCUUUUCCCAACAAUAUCGGCCUCCACGUCUUCGAGGAGCCCGUCGGCCAGAGGGGCGUCGCCCAGCGAGGUACCCGUGAAGGGGAGCCUUAAGGAGAUGAUCCUGAACCAUCCGCUGACGCAAGACCAGGACGACGUCCUGGUUGACCUGGAGCAGAAGACACCAGAGCCGGGGCAGGAGCUCUUCGACCGCCACCGAUCUCUCUACCAGUGGGCCAUGCAGAACACCGAAGCGCUCGGCCAGGACUUCGUGCUGAGCAGGCUCCCGAGCCUCCCAGAGGAGGUGCUGCGGCUGCCCGUCGCGGGCGAGUGA